AUGGAUUACUUUUGUUAUUGGUGUAAAAGUCAAAGGACUUUAGAGGGAGUUACGGUGAUAAUUACAGGAUGCAAUACUGGUAUUGGAAAAGAAACAUGUUUAGAUUUGUUUAAAAGAGGUGCUAAUGUUAUAAUGGCAUGCAGGAAUAUAGAGAAAGCUACGGAAGCCCGCAAAGAUAUUAUAAAUCAAGCUACUAUAGAAGACCAAGAAAAGAAUAUUAACAUUUUAAUUAAUAAUGCCGGAGUAAUGAUGUGUCCUAAAGGUACAACAGAAGAUGGAUUUGAAAUUCAUAUGGGAACAAAUCAUAUUGGACAUGCAAUGUUAACUUUACUGCUACUGCCAAGAAUUAUAAAAAGUGCUCCUUCAAAAAUAAUAAAUAUUUCAUCCGUUGCCCAUUUUAUUUCAAAUUUGGAUCUUGAUGACAUAAAUAGCGAAAAAUGCGAAUAUUAUGCAGCUAAAGUGUAUAGUAACAGUAAAAUAGCAAAUAUUUUAUUUGCUAGGGCCAUUCAUCUCAAACUAAGAGACUACUCUAUAGAGAACGUGAAUACAUACAGCUUACAUCCCGGUCUAGUUCGGACGGAGUUGAGCCGACACUUCAGCGAUACUAUGAUACCUGGUGGCACUUGGUUUUUUAAUAAUAUUAUAGGCCUGUUUAUUAAAUCUGCUCGAUGCGGAGCGCAAACUACUAUCUAUUGUGCAGUAGACGAGGCUUGCGACAAGGAAAGUGGACAUUACUAUGAUGACUGUCACAUUGCGCAACCCAGUCCGCAGUGCAGAGACGACGAAACAGCGCUAAAUUUUUUUGAUUUAACUGUUAAGAUGCUAAAAUUGGAUAAUUUUAAUUCAUUUGGCGAGCUUGACCCAAGUCCAAGUCUUUUUAGC